CAUCCAUCCACUCACUCCACAACGACAAUGGCCUACUCGGUCGUCGUGUACGCGCUUGACGUUUCGCCGUCGAUGGUGGGCCUCACGGCCGACCUGAUGGGCGGCAAGGCGGCCAAGCUUGACCUGGGCAAGGAGUACAUUGCGCGGAUGUGCGAGCCCAAGAUCCAGAGCGGGCGUAAGACCGAGCACGUUGGCCUGGUCUCCUUUGGCGGGCGGACGCACAACCAGGCCAACGCUGCAUGGGUCGCCCAGCACGGGGAUGAGGACCCACCGUAUAUCGCCGUCAGCAGUGAUGUGGCGAUCCAGAGCGCGAAGCCCAAGAUCCUCGAGGCGCUCAUGAACCUCGAGGUAGGGGAAGAGGAAGGGAAUCCCGUGUCCGCGCUCAUGGUUGCGCUUGAUAUGGUCGAGCAUCACAAACACACGAAGCGGUGGACCAUUGAAAUCAAGCUCGUGACGGACGGCGAGAGCAGUUUUGUGCAGGAGGAGUACGAGGAGGCAAUGAAGCGGCUCGACAAGCUCGGCGUCAAACUCACAGUGAUUGGGAUCGACUUUGACGACCCCAAAGUCGCCGUCGACAAGAGCAAGAGCAAGGCGAAGCGGCUCAGCGAGAAGUUCUGGCGCGCUUUCGUCAAGGGCUUGCACGAGGAGAUGUCGCGCGCGACCGACUCCGAGAUUUUUCUUCCGCAGCUGCUCGUGUUCCACUCCGAGCUGGCCGAAGCGCGCCGCCCGCACCCCGCCACAACGGAGGGCACAGUCAGCAGCAUCAAACUACACAUCGGCGCGGAGGGGGUCGACGCGGACGAGGCGAUCUCGAUCCCGAUGCAUUACUCGAAGGCGACGAUGAAGGCGCGUCCUCCAAGUCUGAGUAAGACAUGGAAGACCGCCGUGGAUGUGCAGACGCCUGCGCGUGACGCGGAGGCGAGCCAGCUGCUGAGCCAGCUUGAAAGCCAGGGCGCCGACGCGUCCGGGGCUAUAUCAGGCAAAAUCAAUCGCCAUAUAGUGUAUUUCAUCCGGAAAGGCGGAGAACCUGCCUCCACGCAGGCUACGCAAUCGCAGUCACAGACGCGGAUUGAGGACGACCCGGACUUUAUUAUUGGAGGGCGUAGACAACCGCAAUCGCAAUCACAAACGCAGACGCUAUCACCCACCCAACGCACAGAGGAGGACCUAGAGCCCGUGGAGAAAGAGGACCUCGUCAAGGCGUGGCGCUUUGGCUCGUCGCUCAUCCCCGUCGAGGCGGACACGUUCGCGCCCCUCCGAACCGAGAAGAGUGUCGAGGUGCUGGGCUUCAUCCCGCAGGCCAACGUACGCAAAUACAUGCUCAUGGGGGAGGUGCGCUACCUGUGGCCGGAUAUGUCAUCGAAACGGGCACAGAUUCAGUUCUCAGCGUUCGUGUCAGCGCUGUACACGACGAGCUUGGUGGCGAUCACACGAUUUGUGGCGCGCGAUUACGCCGAGCCAGUGCUGGGUGUUGCUUUCCCGGAAAUGGACUAUCGCGGCGAGAAUCAGCGCCUGGAUCUGAUGUACUGGAUUAGGUUGCCAUACGCCGACGACGAGCACAAGUUCUGGUUCCCGAGCUUGGAGAAGUAUAUUUCGACAACAGGCAAGCAAAUCACGGAGCAUCCCUACAUCCCGACAGACGAGCAGUGCAACCUCAUGGACGAGUUAGUGUCGAAGAUGGACCUGGACACAAUCCCACCGCCCGGCGAGGAGGCUAAGGAGAAGACGUCAGACGACUCGGACGAGGACGACUCCGAAGACUCGGACAAAGAGGAAGAUGAUGAGGAAGAGUCGAAGACGUGGUUCUCGUCUGCGCGCGCCGUCAACCCCGCAAUCCAUAGGAUAAAGGAGGCGAUUUUCCACGCGUCUCUAACCGCCGACCCCGAGGCGCACCCGCUCGGCCCCCCACACCCCGAGAUCACGCAGUACUUCCACACGCCCGCGCCCCUCGCCGACAAGGUGGAGAAGCUGACGGAACGGCUCAAGGACGCGCUCGACAUCAAGAAAGUGCCGCCGAAGCAGCGCCGCCAGGCGAACAAGGAGGUGCUGCGCGACGACGAGGGAUUCCUGGAUAUCGACGACCUUUUUGGCGGCGCGCCGAGUGUGCAGAACGUGACGGUGAAGGAGGAGGGUGCGGGAGGCGGGGCCGAAGCGAAAGCCAAGCCUGCAGACAACAACGACAGUCAGGGCGACACCAAGCCCACGGUCAAGGCCGAGCCUGUGUCGCCUCAAGCCAAAGCCAAGGCCAAGCCCGGCCGCCUCAUUUCCAACGAGCGCCCGCUCGAGGACUACCGUCGCCUCGUGCAGGGCGAGGGCGACCUUUUUCGCAAGGCGAUCAUCGACCUCGCGGCGGUCGUCAAGGAGAACGUGGCGGCGAGUUUCAGCCGGCAAGCGUUCCCACUUGCGCUCGAGUGUCUCGAGGCGAUGCGCACGACCGCACUGACCUUCGAGGAGGUAGAGACAUACAACGACGCGAUCGAAGAUCUGGAACGGACAGUCAAGAGCCCCGGGUUCAAGCACCCUGACUUCUGGGAUCACUUUGAGAAGGCGGGCAGUAGGGUCGCACGGAUUAGUGAGGAAGAGGCUGAGGCGGCGCUGGAGGAAGAGGAGUAUGACUAGGUGUCGUAGUCGUUGUAGCAUGAAUCUGUUGUGCCUGUGUC